AUGGGUGUGAAUAGCAUUCUAUUUAUCACCGGUACUGUAGGUAUCAAAUUAGCUGUAAGUCACAUGUUGCACGUAGAGGAUGACGCCCAUAUAAUGGAUCUUCUUCGUGCAAAAUUUACAUCAUUUGCAAAUUUUCAUACACGUUUAUACACAUGUGCCAAAGAAUUCGAUUUUAUAGGAAGCGAGGAUCUAACAGAUCUUAUGAGAACUCUUCUUUUGCCAGCUGCGGCUUUAUCAUUUUUCCUCGUCUUCAUGUUUUUUGUAUGGUAUGAACCGCUGAUGUUUCGAGAUAAAAUUCGAGUCAAACCAUGUGCUGAGAUUGUUUACAAUAUUAUCCAGUGUAUUUGUUUCAUCGUCAUGGCUUUUCUUAUCAUGCGUUUAAAAUUAUUCAUGACACCUCAUUUAUCUAUUAUUGUGGCAGUUUUAGUUAACUAUGAGUUCGUGAUACAUGCUAUUCAUUUCAACAUAUCAAAAUGGUUGCAUCGAAUUUUAAUUGUUGCACUAUUAGCAACUAUGGCCUAUCAGGGAGUAAUAAAUAUCCAAAAACAGUGGGAAAUUCAGGGAGAAUAUAGUAAUCCGGAUCAGGAAGCACUUUUUAAUUGGAUAUCUACUAAAACGAAAAUAAAUUCUGUUUUUGCUGGCCCUAUGCCGGUUAUGGCCAAUGUCAAAUUGUCUACCGGAAGACCAAUCGUAAAUCAUCCUCACUAUGAAGAUGCUGAAUUGAGAUUUCGAACGCUUAAGAUUUAUUCACUAUUUAGCCGGAAGCCGUUGAACGAAGUUUAUAAUACUUUGAAAGAAAUGGGAAUCAACUAUUACAUUUUUCAGCCAAGUUGGUGUGACGCACGUGUGUCCGUACCGGAAUGUAGCUAUCGAGCAAUAUGGGAUUUACAGGAUCCCGCGAAUCGAAAACGUGAAUCGUUAUGUGAUUUAAUUUUAGGUGUAUUGAAUGGGCAUCAUAUGAAAAAAGACCUUGCACCAUUCAGAAUUGUUUAUAGUGCUAGGAGCUAUGUCGUUUUUGAGCUUUAA